CUGGAUGGAUCUCUCAGGCUCUUAGAUGCGUGUAGCUCUGCUAAGGAUGUGUUGCUGCAAACAAAGGAAUGCACACGUGAACUUCAAUCAAGUAUGCGGAGAAGAUGUGGGGAUGAAACAGAUAUUAAGAAAUAUUUAGCCUCCAGGAAAAUUGUGAAGAAGGCAAUCCAAAAGGCUUUGGGAAACUUGAAGGGUGUGGAAAAGAAAUGCAGUAUCUCGCCCAUCAACAAAGACCAUGAAGCUCUGGCUGUAGUAAGUAUGCUAAGAGAAGUUGAAGCAGUAACUGCCGCUGCUCUCAAAUCCCUAUUGUCUCUUAUCUCAGGGUCUAAUCUGCAAAAAAAGAAAAGUGGUUGGUCAUUGGUUUCGAAAGUGAUGCACCACAGAAGAGUGGCAUCUGAAGAAGUUUUAGGCAAUGACAAAUUUAUGCAGGCAGAUGGCGCAUUGGAAUCUCUCUACGGUCACAAGGAAAGCAGACGUGAUAAACAUAUGUUUCUUGAGAAUGUACAAAACCAGCUAAAAGAUUUGGAGCAGUACAUUCAAGAACUUGAAGAUGGUCUUGAAUGCCUGUACAGACGAUUGAUUAAAACUAGAGUUUCCUUCCUCAAUAUCUUCAAUCACUAGCCUAGCAAGAGAGUCAAGACUUAACCAUACUCAAUUUUGGGAUCUGUACAUAGAGAAAUUACACAUGUAAUAAUAUUAUACUACAGUUAAAUACUAUUUUCAAUAAAUUCUCUUUUCUAUUAUCUUGUCUUUCUUCUCUCUCAGUAACAUUCGUUUGUGCAAAUGUUACGGCUAAUAUCUCAUUCUACAUUCAGUUGGUAAAGAAACAAAAUUCAACCAUCAAGUAUUCGACCAUCUAGUUAAGAAUAACCAUAGAUGCUUUAUAUUUCAAAAAAAAAAAAAAA